AUGGAUCAUUGUCCCUUAAACUUUACAAGUCUGAGAGCUGAGAUCGAGGCAAGAAGGGAGGAAGNGGACUCCUUAUUUAGAGUGCUCCUGGUUGGUGUCCUCCUCCUAUGCCUUUUGUCUCCUCCGGUGUUUUGUGCAUCUGAUGAUGGACUGUUGAGAGUUGGACUGAAAAAGAGAAAAUUGGAUGACAUCACUAGACUUAGAGGACAUUUAGCAACCAAGGAAGGGGAGUCAUUGGGAGCUUCCACAAGAAAUUAUCAUCUUCGCGGCAAUGUAGGUGAUUCAAACACUGAUAUUGUCACACUAAAGAACUAUAUGGAUGCUCAGUAUUACGGAGAGAUUGGUAUUGGCACUCCCCCGCAAAAAUUCACUGUGGUUUUUGACACUGGAAGUUCCAAUCUUUGGGUGCCCUCUGCAAAAUGUUAUUUCUCGGUUGCUUGCUAUUUGCAUUCCUACUACAAGUCAAGCCAUUCGAGUACUUACAAGAAGAAUGGUGUGGUUCCACUUGCUGGCAAAUCUGCUGCAAUUCAAUAUGGAAGCGGAUCUAUUUCAGGUUUCUUCAGCCAAGACUCCAUCAAAGUUGGUGAUCUUGUUGUUAACAAUCAGGAUUUUAUCGAGGCAACGAAAGAGCCAAGCAUCACAUUCGUGGCAGCAAAAUUUGAUGGCAUACUUGGGCUUGGAUUUCAGGAGAUCUCUGUGGGAAAUGUUGUUCCUCUCUGGUACAAUAUGGUCAAUCAAGGUCUUGUUAAAAAACCAGUUUUUUCCUUUUGGUUUAAUCGCAAUGCUGACGAGGAAGAAGGGGGUGAAAUUGUCUUUGGUGGGGUUGAUUAUAGUCAUUUCAAGGGUGAGCACAACUAUGUUCCUGUGACCGAGAAAGGCUAUUGGCAGUUUGACAUGGGUGAUGUCCUAGUUGAUGGUGAAACAACUGGGUUUUGUUCUGGUGGCUGUUCAGCAAUUGCCGAUUCUGGAACCUCUUUGUUGGCAGGACCAACGACUGUGAUUGCUCAAAUUAAUCAUGCCAUUGGAGCUUCAGGGGUUAUAAGCCAGGAAUGCAAGUCAGUGGUCACCCAAUAUGGGAAAAACAUUUUGGAACUUCUAUUGUCUGAGGUACAAGCCCAAAAGAUAUGCUCCCAAAUUGGUCUAUGCUCUUAUGAUGGUACUCGAGAUGUUAGGUCAGAGAGCGUGGUGGACAAGGGCAGUGAUAAGCCUUCUGGUGCUCUGCAUGACCAGAUGUGUACCGCUUGUCAAAUGGCAGUUGUGUGGAUGCAAAAUCGACUUAAGCGAAAUGAGACAGAAGAAAAAAUCUUGGACUAUGUCAAUCAGCUCUGUGAACGACUGCCUAGUCCAAAUGGAGAAUCAGCUGUUGACUGUAGCAAUCUGUCUUCAAUGCCCAGUGUUUCCUUUACCAUUGGUGGUAAAGUAUUUAACCUCCCCCCUAAACAGGUUAUGAUGGAAGGAAGGAAGAGAGAGAGAGUGAGCGCACCAGGUUCUGGUUAUGUAGUUACAGGAUUUGAAGAUGGUUGGGCAGUGGGAUCCUUGAGCAGGGAGAAGUGA